AUGGGUCCUCCUGGUCAAAUGAUUUCUGGGGUAUAUGGUCAAAUGAAUGGUUCUCCUAUUGUUAAAGCUGCUAUAAAUGCUUCAGGUAUCAUCCAUCUUAUGUUUGCUGAUGAUAUUCUCAUCUUCACUAAGACGGGUAUGCAUAACAUAGCUGGUAUUAUGAAUGUUUUAGAUCAAUUUGGUAAGGUCUCUGGUCAAAUACUAAAUCUGGGUAAGUCCAGUGUUUGUUUCAGUAACAAUAUUAGCCAUGGUGCUAGACAUGAUCUUGCUAAAGAGCUUAACAUGUCUGAGAUGUUGGAUACUGACAAGUAUUUGGGUGCAGUCACUCUCCUUUUAGGUAGAAACAAAAUAAAAGCUUUCAAACCUAUCAUGCAUUCUUUUGGAUCUAGGCUUAAGAUUUGGAAAGAGAAGAUUAUGGAUCAUUCUGCUAGGUCCAUUAUGAUUAAACAUGUUCUUAAUGCAUUUCCCUCACAUCAAAUGGAUUUAAAAUUCCUAAAAACAUGA